AUGGUUGAGCUCCGCAGACUCAAAGUUGCUUGCUCCGGCCUCGGCCGCAUGGGUGCUCGUCACGCCCUCCACUUCCUGCACCGCACACCCAAGGCCGAGCUUGUAGCAGCCUUCACACCAGACCCCAAGGAGGCCAAAUGGGCUGAGGAGCACCUUGUGCCAUUUGGCGUCAAAGUCUACAACGACUAUGACCAAAUGCUGAAGCACGAGGGCCUGGAAGCAGUCGUUGUUGCAACCGUCACCACAGCACAUGCCGAGCAGUCGAUCAAGGCCAUCAAGGCCGGCAAGCACGUUCUGUGCGAGAAGCCCUUCAGCACAAAGCUUGAAGUCUGCCAGGACCUCCUCAAGACCGCCGCGGCCCACCCCAACAUCAAGGUCAUGUGCGGCUUCUCCCGCCGCUUCGACACCUCAUACCGCAAUGCCUACGCUCUCGUCAAGUCGGGUGAUGUCGGGCGACCCUCCAUCCUCCGCUCCCAGACCUGCGACAAGUACGAUCCCUCGGGCUUCUUCGUCGAGUACGCCAAGUUCUCCGGCGGCAUCUUUGUCGACUGCAACAUCCACGACAUCGACCUGGCACUGUGGUACUUCAGCGCCGAUUCCAACGGCAAGAACCUCCCCAAAGUCAAGUCCGUCGUUGCCUUUGGUGUAACAGCGCUCGAGCCUGAUCUCGCCAAGUACGGAGAUGUCGACAACGGUGUUGGCAUUGUCGAGUUCUAUGACGGCCAGAUCGCAUACUUCUACAGCUCGCGCAUGAACGCACCCGGCCAGCACGAUAUGACCGAGAUCAUCGGCACAAAGGGCAAGCUCGCUGUCAACUCGAACCCCAUGACCGACCUCAUGGAGGCACAUCUGUCGAAUGGCGUCCAGCGCGCCAUCCCCCAGAACUACUACGAGCGCUUCGAGCAGGCCUUCGUCACUGAGGCAAACGAGUUCACAGACGCCGUACUCAACAACAAGGAUGUCCCUGUUGACAUUGAGAGCUCGUACCAGGCUGUCAGGAUCGGGGUUGCGCUGCAGGAGAGUCUGAGGAGCCAGAAGAAGAUCUGGUUUGACCGCAACGGCAAUCAGACUGAUGAGCCUCAGACCAAGUCCAAGUUGUAG